UCACUUAACCGGGUGUCCAUCUCAAGCGGCCCGCAGCAUAUUAAAAAGAUGGCACUAAUUAUCAAAAGAGCCAUUCUUCCGCCACUCCCAUGUCCUACACCCUACAUUCCCAAUCAAACCAUGUCGCAAGCAUCACACAUUUUCGCAAACAUAGGAGACGCUGAAUCAAAAUUGCCACCUGUUAGGAGUUAUGAACCAGGAAUGAGGUUUCUGACACCCUGCUAUGUGAUCCCAGUAGACGACCAGGGUCUUGCUUAAGCAGUCCAGAAUCCCAUUCAUCUUCUAAUUGCAACAUGCUUAAUAGACAAGCAAAAGCUGGGGACCUCGGCAGAAUCGAGACCGAGCAGGUUGUAGUCCCGUGUAGCUACAAUGUCUGGAAGAAUAUAUUAUGCUGCAAGGGGAACGCGCAUUUGAAAGAAAUCGACCGUCUCCGUCAGGAUAUUCCGAUCUGAUCAUGAUGUUUCUUCGAAGCGCAUUACUGGCUGCUGCGGCCUUUUCAUCGUCAACCUUGGCCGCAUUUGGGGUUACCACAUCUGGUACCAACAUCAUUGUGGACGCGGGCUCAGACAAUCCCUUCAAAGUCAGCGUGGAUUCGAGAUCAUGUGACAUCAACUCUAUUCUCUAUCGCAGCGAGGAAUUCCAGUACAAGGGCAAGGGCUCACACAUUUCCAGUGGGCUUGGGUCUGCGACAGUGAGGAGCGAGAUCAUCUCUGGAAAGUAUGCCAAAAUCACUUGCACCACUUCGACUUUGACACACUACAUUGUCGUUCGCUCAGGAGACUCGACGAUGUUCAUGGCAACGCAUACAACGGCGGAGCCUGAUAUUGGCGAACUCCGCUUCAUCGCUCGUCUUGAUCCCAACAAGCUGCCUCUUGAGCACCCGUUCGGAGCCGUGUCCACUACUGGAGGAUCGUCUUCCACCGUUGAGGGUUCAGAUGUCUUUGUGGUGAAUGGACAGACGCGCAGCAAGUUCUAUUCCAGUGAACGUUUCAUCGACGACUACGUGCAAUGCGUAUACCGCGACAAUGACGCUAUCCACGCCUGCAUGCUCAUGAAUUCAUACAGCUACGAAGGCUCCUCCGGCGGUCCCUUCUUCCGCGACAUCAACACAAACAACGCCGGCGACUCGACAAACCUCUACUUCUACAUGAACUCUGGCCACGUCCAGACUGAAAGCUGGCGGACAGGUCUGCACGGCCCAUACGCAUUGUCCUUCUCCCGUUCCGGCAUCCCGACAGGCAAAUCCAUGGACACAUCCUUUUUCUCCGAACUCAACAUCAACGGCUACGUCGCGCCAUCAGCCCGUGGAACCGUCACCGGAACCGCCACCGGCAUCUCCGGCAACUUCCAGCGAGUCCUCCAUUGGUACAACGCCAACGCGCAGUACUGGGCGUACGCGGAUUCCUCGGGAGCCUUCACGUCGCCGCCCAUGAAGCCCGGAACAUACACUCAAGUGCUCUACCAGACCGAAUACAAAGUAGCUUCUUCAUCCGUGUCCGUGACUGCAGGACGAGCAACGACAGCCAAUAUCGCUGCCGCCACCGAGUCCAAAACCUCGCUCUGGAAAAUCGGCGAGUGGGACGGCCAGCCUACGGGGUUCAGAAACGCGGACAAGUUCCUCCGCAUGCACCCUUCGGACAGCCGCAUGUCUUCUUGGGGCCCGUUGACGUACACCGUUGGGUCUUCGAGCCUCAACGAUGUCCCUAUGGCUGUGUUCAAGUCCGUGGGCGGCACCUUCACUAUCAAGUUCACUCUCUCUGCUGCACAGGCUUCGGGCGCCGCGACGUUGCGUGUUGGGACUACGCUGUCGUUCGCUGGAGGUCGUCCUGCUGUUACUAUCAACAGCUUGUCUCCUGCGGUUCCUGCUGCCCCUACUAAGAUUGACUCGAGAGGUGUGACUAGGGGUGCGUAUAGGGGGUUUGGUGAAGUGUAUAAUUUUGCGGUGCCGGCGGGGACGUUGAUUAGUGGGAGCAACACCGUUACAAUUGGGGUGGCGAGUGGAAGCAGUGGUGAGACUUUCCUUUCUCCGAACUUCAUCCUGGAUGCAGUCGAGUUGUUUAGGUAG